AUGAAUGAAGAAUACGACUACAUCAUCAUUGGCGCUGGUAUUGGCGGUUUGGUUUUAGCGAACCGACUUAGCGAAGAUGCCGCUGUCAAGGUCCUCCUUAUUGAGGCGGGUCCCAAUCGUAUCGGGGAUCCGUUUAUUGACACUCCAGGUCUGUUGAGCACCCUAUAUGGAAACCCAGAUUAUGACUGGGACUAUAUGAGUGUCCCCCAGUGUAAGGUCCAUGCGAACAACCGACAAAUUGGACAGCCUCGCGGCCGCGUCGUUGGAGGCUCCUCUGCCAUGAACUUCUCGGUAGUCAUGUACCCCACUGAAUCAAACUUCCAGGCCUGGGAAGCAUUGGGGAACCCCGGCUGGGGCGCUCAGAGUAUGGCCCCAUACCUGCGCAAAUUCCACACAUACUCAUCCCCGAGCGAGGCCACCGCAGAACUCCUUGACACGCCUCGGUAUAUGAAUGCCGAAAAACAGGGAUCCACGGGCCCAGUCCCUAUAUCUCUGCCAGACGUGUUCGGGCCAUUCAACAAGGCGUGGGAUGAGACAUUCGCGGAGCUGGGCUGGAAAACAGAUGCCGAUCCCAUCGAGGGCCGCAAGCUGGGUGCUUUCACGUCCCCGUUGACGGUGGAUGCCGGGAAGGGAAAACGAGGAUACGCGGCUGCAUACUACUCCCCCGAAGUAGCGGCCCGCCCUAACUUGCACCUCAUGGCUGAGACAAUGGUUCAGAAAAUCAUCCUCAUCGAGGAAGACGGAGAGGUCGUCGCCAGGGGCGUACAGGUCGAGACUCAUAAAGGCCAAUCCAGGAUCCACGCAAAGAAAGAAGUUAUCGUGUGCGGAGGUAGUCUGAACACUCCCCAGAUCCUAGAGCUCUCCGGUAUCGGAAACGCAGAGCUUCUUCGCAAAUACAAUAUCCCAGUGGUGAUCGACAACCCUGCGGUGGGCGAGAACCUGCAAGACCACAGCAUCACAAGUAUCAACUUCGAGAUCGCCGAUGGCCAGGUCUCAGGUGAUAUCAUGCGUGAUCCAGCCGUUGUGGAAGCCCUGAUCAACCUCUACGAACAGACCCGUGCAGGUCCAUUGGCAGGUAUGCCGAUUAGCAUGGCGUAUCUUCCCUUCGUCAAUGGCCAGGGUGUAGUUCCCAAAGAAGAAGCCGAGGAACUUCUAGCGAAAUACCUUGAUCAGGAUGAUAUCCCUGCCAGCCUGCGCGCGCAGUACACUCACCUUCGCAACAUUCUUCUGAAUCCCGAGGACGCCUCUUCGCAUUACCUUUUCCUUCCGGCGCAGCUGCACAUUAACCCCGGUAAGACCACGCUUACUGACGUGCUAGAGAAGAAACUUCCGGAGAAUUAUAUCUCCAUUAUGAUGUUGCAUAAUCACCCGUUCUCGCGUGGGUCGGUUCAUAUCGCAUCUGCGAGCAGUGAUGAUAAACCUACCUAUGAUCCCAACUUGCUUUCGCACCCACUCGAUGUCGAGCUUAUGGCUCGACAGAUGCAGUUCGUGGAUCGUAUCUCCACAACGGGCCCAUUUGCCGCUCUCCUCAAGCCUGGGAAGCGCAUGCCGGAGAAUACAAAUGAUUUGAGUGACUUGGAGCACGCGAAGAAGGUUGUGAAAGAGCGGGUGUUUACUUGUUUCCAUCCCGCCGGCACGUGUGCUAUGUUGCCGAAGGAGGCUGGUGGUGUUGUUGAUUUCAAUCUGAAGGUGUACGGGACAAGAAAUUUGAGGGUAGUGGAUGCGAGUAUCUUCCCUCUUGAGCCGAGUGGGAACAUUCAGUCAACUGUGUAUGCUGUUGCGGAGAGAGCAGCUGAUUUGAUCAAGAGCCAAUCUUAG